AUGUUCAUAGCAGGGCUAUUGUUAAUUAUCGUUUUUAUACUUGUUCUUUUUUGUGCUCGUGCCCCGAAGAUAACUGAAAUAACUGAAACCGAAUCUUCAGUUACAUUUUAUUUGAAAAGAGCAAAAGGCUAUCUUCGUUUGCGACAAUUUACAGACGCCCUCCGCGAUGCUGAGGCCAUUCUUGCAAGAGAUCCGCAGCAUGCGAAAGCAGCAUUAUUCAAGGCCAAGGCUCUCAUUGCACUUAAGAGGUACACAGAAGCGGUUGACACCUUGACUGAAUUGAAGAAAGUUGUCAAAGAGUGCAAUGGAGAGAUCACUACCAUUCUGCAGCAUGCCAAAAAGCUAGUUAUCGAGAGCAGAGAUGGGAAUUACAACAUUGUCGACAUUUUAGACGAACUCCCUCUUGAAGACCAAGAUGGCGGCUCUUGUCUCAAUUGUUAUCUGGAUCACGCAGACUACAUUUCUGAUGCUAUCGAACUCCGAGACGUGGAAUCGAAGGGCAAAGGUUGGUUUGCCAACCGAGAAAUUUCGUCUAAUACGGUAAUAAUGGCUGCUAAAGCAUUUUCGGUUAUUUAUUCGCGUGAGAUGCCUUUGCAGGUAAACAUUCAACUAUGCAAUAUGAUUGCUAAUCGCAUCCUCAUAGAACCAGAACUCGGAUGUGAGGUGUACAAACUAUACGCAGGUCCAGACCUCAUUUCUUACUCAAAGAUCGAUAACGAAUCGCGUCGUAAAGUAGAUUAUCAUAGGAUACUCAGAAUUAUUGAUUACAAUUCGUUUAACCCUUUUGAUAUGUUCCGCUACUUCAACGACCAAAGUAAUACGGCCUCCGAUUGUGGAAGAGGAUUGUGGAUUGCACCUUCAUUUUUCAACCACACAUGCGUAGACAAUAACAUAUCCAAAAUUUUCCUUGGCGACUUCAUGUUCCUCCGUACCAACCGCGACAUCCAUAUGGGCGAAGAACUUACCAUCCAAUAUAAGUCCCCUUUGGACCCUGAGCGGUCAAAGAAACUUCGGUUGUAUGGGAUCAAUUGUCAGUGCCGACUUUGCCAGCUCGAGAGCUCCGAAUCGCCAGCUGUUUCUCAACGUCGUGUUAAGCUCCUCAAAAAGUUUGAUAAAACCAUCUUACCUCGCUUAAAACUUCUUUUUUCUGGCAAAAAUGUUUCUGAUCGUUCCCUUCUCAAAGACCUUACUCGCCUUACCGCAGAAUUGCGUGGCCUACGCAACAACAACCAGGAUCUUGACUUCCCAUCAAUUCAAAUACGACACUGUCUAACUGAACUUCUGUGCUUCCUUGGAAAACGUGUUACGGCGGCCGAUGAACUGUCUCAGCUAUACCGCUUUCUUUUGCGGCACGAUGCAGUGUUAUCUUGUAAAGUGGCAUACGAGCUAGCGAUCCUCUCUGCCGCAGUAAUCACUCAAGAUAUUGACUGGAGCGCUAUGUGGUUUGAGGAGCUGAGAAGGUUAUUAUACAUAGAAGAUAAGAAGAAAAACUAUGGCGAAGCCCAACACGCAGAUAUCACAAAGAUUGCCCAAAAGUUUUUUAAGCAAGUAGUGUUGAUAUAA